AUGUCAGCCCCGGCACCGAAAGCGGCGUCUGAGCCACAACCACAUCCUCCAAAAGAACAGCUUCCAGAUAUCUCUUACUGCAUCACAAGCCCUCCUCCAUGGCCUGAAGCUAUUCUGCUUGGGUUUCAACACUACCUUGUAAUGCUUGGAACAACCGUUCUGAUUCCAUCCGCUCUUGUUCCACAAAUGGGAGGUAGAAAUGAAGAGAAGGCGAAGCUGAUUCAGACAAUACUCUUUGUAGCUGGAAUAAACACACUUCUCCAAACUGUGUUUGGAACUAGAUUGCCUGCUAUUAUUGGAGCAUCUUAUACAUUUGUGCCAGUUACAAUCUCAAUCAUGCUUUCUGGGAGAUUCAACGAUGUUGCUGAUCCAGUUGAUCGGUUUACGAGGAUCAUUCGAGCAACACAAGGUGCUCUAAUUGUUGCUUCAACUCUUCAGAUUAUCCUUGGCUUCAGUGGCCUUUGGCGUAAUGUUGUAAGGUUCUUAAGUCCUCUCUCUGCUGCUCCUCUGGUUGGACUAGUUGGUUUUGGCCUCUACGAGUUAGGCUUUCCCGGUGUUGCUAAGUGUAUCGAGAUUGGACUGCCGGGGCUUAUCAUUCUUAUACUGAUCUCACAUUACAUGCCACAUGUUAUAAAGGGAGGAAAACAUGUGUUCGCUCGCUAUGCAGUCAUAUUUACUGUGGCGAUAGUUUGGCUAUACGCCUUUUUUCUUACAAUUGGUGGUGCCUAUAAUGGUGACAAAACAGAUACUCAAAGAAGCUGCCGAACUGAUCGUGCUGGGCUCAUAGGUGCUGCUCCAUGGAUAAGAGUUCCAUGGCCGUUCCAGUGGGGAUCACCAUUAUUUGAUGCCGGUGAAGCCUUCGCCAUGAUGAUGGCUUCUUUUGUUGCCCUUGUUGAGUCAACAGGCGCUUUUAUUGCCGUCUCAAGAUAUGCUAGUGCCACAAUGCCGCCACCUUCUGUUAUCAGCCGCGGUGUUGGUUGGCAGGGAGUUGCAAUUUUAAUCUCAGGGUUGUUUGGAACUGGCAUAGGAUCUUCAGUUUCUGUCGAGAAUGCGGGUCUUCUAGCACUUACAAAAGUCGGUAGCAGGAGAGUUGUCCAAAUAUCUGCAGGGUUUAUGAUAUUCUUCUCAGUUCUUGGGAAGUUUGGGGCGGUGUUUGCAUCAAUACCUGCUCCUAUAGUUUCCGCCUUGUUCUGUCUCUUCUUCGCGUAUGUAGGUGCUGGAGGACUAAGUUUGCUGCAGUACUGUAACCUGAAUAGCUUCAGGACGUUGUUCAUUUUGGGAUUCUCAAUCUUCCUAGGCCUAUCUAUUCCACAGUAUUUCAACGAGCACACAGCCAUUAAAGGCUAUGGUCCAGUUCAUACAGGAGCAAGAUGGUUCAAUGACAUGGUCAAUGUUCCCUUCUCGUCCAAGGCCUUUGUGGGAGGAUGUGUGGCUUACUUGUUGGACACAACGCUUCACAAGAAAGAUGGUUCGAUCAGGAAAGACCGAGGUAAACAUUGGUGGGACAGAUUCUGGACUUUCAAGGGUGACCCGAGGACCGAAGAGUUCUAUGCUCUUCCUUUCAAUCUCCACAAAUACUUCCCUCCUGCCUAA